AUGCAGUUACGGUCUUUGCUGUCCUUUGUCUCCCUCCUCAGCCUGAGCGCUGCAGCAUCAGUCGACGUAUCGGUUGCAAGACGCCAAUCGACCGCCUGCAACAACUCCCCCUCGCUGUGCUCGAAAGCCUAUAAUAGCAUCGUCCACCUAGGUGCCCACGACUCGCCCUUCGUCCGGGACGCCACCACAGGCUUCUCGGCCUCGGGAAACCAGUAUUACAACUCGACAGUCCAACUCUCAGCUGGUGUCCGUCUGCUUACGGCCCAAGUCCACAAGUCCAACGGAGAAUACCACUUGUGCCACUCUUCCUGCGAUCUGUUGGAUGCGGGGAUCCUGUCGGACUGGCUGGAAGAGAUCAAGACCUGGCUGGAUAAUAACCCGAACGAGGUUGUCACCAUCUUACUUGUCAACUCGGACAAUGCCACCCCAGAGGACCUGGGGGCAUAUUUCACCACGGCCGAGAUCACGAACUACGCAUACGUCCCUCCUUCCACAAGCACGCCUCCCUCAUCGGGGAGCUGGCCAACUUUACAAGACCUAAUCACCGCGAAUAAACGACUGAUGGUCUUCGUGGCCUCCAUCUCCGACCCUGCGUCCAUUCCGAGCCAGUAUGCCUACCUGAUGGACGAGUUCACAUUCAUAUUCGAAAACCCUUAUGACAACACGUCCCCUAACAACUUCAGCUGCCUACCCGAUCGACCAACCUCUGUUCAGGGAAACACCCAAGCCGCCAUUGCCUCCAAUCGCAUGGCGUUCACCAAUCAUUUCCUCUAUCAGGAGGGGCUGUUCAACAUUGAAACCCCCAAUGUGGACAACAUCACCGUCACCAACUCGCCCGGCAACAGCCUUGGAAACCUCGGAUACGCCUUGUCCCAAUGUAACUCGGCGUACGGCAAGCCGUCUACAUUCGUCCUGGUCGAUUUCUUCGACCAAGGCCCCGCCAUCGCUGCCGUCGACGCAAUGAACGGCGUCACGAACCCCGUGGGCCGUGUCCCAGUGCCUCCAAGAAAUACAAAAGAGAGCGUUAACGUGAACCAGUCGAGUUUCCAGGGCGUGAUUGACCUCGUGAAUGAAGUCAAAGAUGGCCAAAAGCCCAAGCUAGGCGCGUGGAUCUGGGCUGCUGGGCAAUGGACAUUCGGUGGGAUCAAUCUGAGUGGCGGUAACGUCUUCCAGAAGAAAUAA